AAUUUAUUAGUAAACAUAAAUAAAUUAAAUUAAAAAAAAAAAAGGGGAAAUACAAAGACGCAGUAGCAUUCGUUUCUUUGUAAAAUUUCCAUCUGCAAACUACGCCUCUGGCUGUGUGUCACCUUGUAAAUCGCAGCAACAAAUGUGACCUUGGAUUGGUCAUUCUGCUCCCCAGUUUUUCCUUUUGGAUUUCUUCAAAAGUGCAAGCUUGAAUCUCCGGCUAUGGGGUCCGAGCAGAACAGAUUUCCUCAGCAAGAACGGCGCAAGAGAUGGGGUGGAUGUUGGGGUGCAUUCUCUUGCUUUAAUACGCAGAAAGGUGGAAAGCGCAUUGUACCUGGUAUUAGUCCUGAGGGGAACGCAUCAGCUACCCAGCCAAAUGGACCUCAAGCUUCUGGAUUAGCCAAUCAAGCUACUACUUUAGUGCCGUCACUUCUGGCACCACCUUCUUCACCAGCAUCUUUUACAAAUUCUGCACUUCCUUCAACAGCUCAGUCCCCAAGUUGCUUCCUGUCUUUGUCUGCUAACUCCCCUGGAGGCCCUUCCUCCACAAUGUUUGCCACUGGACCGUAUGCCCAUGAGACACAACUGGUUUCUCCUCCUGUUUUCUCCACUUUUACAACUGAGCCCUCUACUGCUCCACUCACACCCCCACCAGAAUUGGCACACCUCACUACUCCUUCCUCACCUGAUGUUCCUUAUGCUCGCUUCCUAACAUCUUCCGCAGGUUUUAAAAGUGCUGAUAAGAAAAGCUAUGUUGCUGCCAAUGAUCUUCAAUCUACUUACUCACUUUACCCAGGAAGUCCUGCCAGCAGUCUCAUAUCACCAGUCUCUAGGACCUCGGGUGAUUGUUUAUCAUCAUCCUUUACUGAAAGGGAGUUCCCUCCACAAUGGGAUCCUUUAGUUUCUCCCCAGAAUGGCAAACAUUCAAGGAGUGGUUCUGGCAGGCUAUUUGGGCAUGAUUCAGCUGGUGCCCCCAUGGUUUCUCAUGAUACAAAUUUCUUCUGCCCUGCUACAUUUGCCCAGUUCUAUCUGGAUCAGACUCCACUUCCUCAUGCUAGUGGGCGAUUAAGUGUUUCCAAAGAUUCAGAUGUUUAUCCAACAACAAAUGGGCAUCAGAACAGGCAGAGUAAAAGUCCCAAGCAAGAUGUGGAAGAACUAGAAGCUUAUAGAGCUUCCUUUGGAUUCAGUGCAGAUGAAGUUAUCACCACUUCCCAAUACGUGGAAAUUACUGAUGUAAUGGAUGAUUCAUUUACCAUGUCACCAUUUCCUACUAAUAAACCUGCCUCUGAGGACAGUAUGGUACCUGCAUCAGUUGGUGAAGAAGAAAAACAGAAAAACUUGUUCCGGCAAAGGAGCCUUAAAUCAGAAGCAGUUCCUGUCAGCCAGGUCGGAUGCCAUGAUCUGUCAGUGUCGUGCAUUGGAUAUGAAGAUCAUAAAUCAAGGAGCCCAGCAGGUAAUAUCAUUGGAUCAAACACACCUGGCAAUCAUGCUGUGACUGAUGAAGAUGAUAUAUUUUCUAAGAUGGGCUCAUCAAGAAGCAGGAAAUAUUAUCCAGGCCUGUCAAGCUCUGAUGCAGAAAUUGAUUAUCGGAGAGGGAGAAGCUUAAGAGAAGGCAAAGGGGAUUUUGCAUGGCAUAACUAAGAACAAAACAGCCAAACACAUACAAUUCUUAGGUGUUUCCAAAGCAUAUCAAAAUGCAGUUCCUUUUAUCACAAUGUGUUUGGGGUUGUUUACAACGGGUGCAAUGAUCUUAACCUGUGAUCUAACCAGUUGUUUCCUUCUGUCUGCUGUUCAGGUGUAAGAACUGAUGUCGCUGAUUGAUGAGUGUAUUCUAUUCCCUGUGAUCCAAACUUAAGUCAUCGCUAUAAGUUACAUAUAUGUGAUGCUAAUUAUGUGUAUCUGGUUAAUGCAGUUUUACUCGAGCAGAUUCCACUUUCUAUACUCUUUAGAAUGUAAUUUCUGAAUCUGUCAAAAAGAACGUAAUUUCUGAAUGUU